AUGCCUCCUACCGCAAUGAGUCUUUCUGAAAGUACCGACACUGACGGAACUGGAAUUAUUAAAAUUGACCCCUGGCUAGAACCUUUUACUCCCGUUCUGAAACGAAGAUACGCUACUUUAAAGAAAUGGAUUCAAGAUAUUAACCAACAUGAAGGGGGUUUCGACCAGUUUACACGUAAUUAUGAACAUUACGGUCUCAAUGUACAACCAAACGGUGAUAUAGUUUAUCGCGAGUGGGCUCCCAACGCUACGAAUGCAUGUUUGAUUGGCGACUUUAAUUGUUGGGAUACCUCUGCGCAUCCAAUGAAAAAAAAUUCAUUUGGUGUAUGGGAAGUUCGUAUUCCUUCUAACAAUGGUAUUCCUGCUAUUCCGCAUGGCUCAAAGAUAAAAAUAUCCAUGAUUACUCCAGAAGGUGAAAGAAUCGAUCGUCUUCCUGCCUGGAUCAAGCGAGUAACACAAGAUCUAUCCGUUAGUGCUACGUACGACGCCAUCUUUUGGAAUCCACCUGAAAGAUAUUUUUGGAAAAAUAAAGCACCUCAAAAACCAAAAUGUUUAAAAGUAUAUGAAGCUCAUGGACGUGUCGGUACUUAUAAUGAAUUUACUGAUAAUGUGUUGAAACGUAUUAGAAAUCUGGGUUACAAUGCUAUUCAAUUGAUGGCAAUUAUGGAGCAUGCUUAUUACGCUUCUUUUGGUUAUCAAGUAACUAGUUUCUUUGCUAUUUCUAGUCGUUAUGUCCUUCGUUUCUUACUAUCAAACCUUCGGUUCUUUAUGGAAGAAUACAAGUUUGAUGGUUUCAGAUUUGAUGGUGUCACCAGCAUGAUGUACAUUCACCAUGGUAUUGGUACAGGUUUCUCUGGUGGUUAUCAUGAAUACUUUGGUGAUUCUGUGGAUGAAGAAAAUGUUUCCGGAAUGCCUGGUCUAUGUCGUCCCGUUUCCGAAGGUGGUGUUGGUUUUGAUUACCGUCUUGCUAUGGCUAUCCCUGAUAUGUGGAUCAAGCUAUUGAAAGAAGUGCGCGAUGAUGAUUGGAACAUUGGAAACAUCUGUUGGACUCUGACUAAUCGUAGACAUAUGGAAAAAAAUAUUGCCUAUGCAGAAUCUCAUGAUCAAGCUCUUGUUGGCGAUAAAACUAUUGCUUUCUGGCUCAUGGAUAAGGAAAUGUAUACUAACAUGUCAGAUUUGACUCCACUUACUCCAAUCAUUGAUCGUGGAUUGGCUCUUCAUAAAAUGAUUCGGUGA